AAUCACUGAUUUCUAGUGGGCUGAAAUUGGCUGAAAUCCACAGAUCUCUGCAGCUAACCAAGGAUUUGAUCCAAACGUACUGACAGUAUAAAUAAAGGUUCACAGCCGAUUAUAAUAUUAUAAUAGGAGGAUGAAUAAAAAUACCACAAACAAUAUAAUGUACACGACAGAUCAGGAACGGCUGUCAAAGUUAAAGAUCCGUGCCAAGCGCAAUGGUAACAUACAGCAGCUAGUAAAUGUGACCAACGAACUGGGAAACCUUCAUUUUCAAUAUGAAAAUUAUGAUGCCGCUAUCGAAGAGUACAUGGAAGAAAUCGAGGCCUGUAGGAUUAUAGGAGACAAAUUGAAGAUGGCUAUUGCUCACCGCAGGAUUGGGGAAAUUCAGGCGGAUCAGGCAGAAUAUGAGGAAGCCUUGAAACAUCAGAACCUUUAUCUUGAAGGAGCCCAGGAAUUGAAAAAUGAGCUUGAGGAACAACGAGCAUAUACAACAUUGGGGCGCACCUACUUUUGUCUUGCAGAAAGCUUUGUGGAGAAAUGUGAAGAUAAGACUAAAGCAUUGGCUGAUGCCAGAAAAGCCUUGACCAAAAGUCUAUUUCUGUGUGAAAAGCUAACAAAUCUCAAAACCGAUGAGAUGAAUGAAAUGCGCGGAAGACUUCUGUUAAACCUAGGGUUGGUGCUAGGAGCUCAGCAAGAGCUCGAACAGGGUGUAGACUUAAUUGAAAAGGCAGUGAAAAUAUUCUCCAAAUCUAAAUUGAACGAAGACUUGUGUAAGGCUCAUCUAUCCCUUGGAACACUCUACAAAAAACUAGAGAAGAAUCAGCUAGCUCUCAAUUAUUUUGACCUGGCAGCAAAAAGUGAGGACAUAUCCAUGAAGGUAGAUGCUCAUUUGUCAAAGGCAAAGUUGUUUUUGAAAUGUGGUGAAUGGAGGAAUGCUCGCAAGGAAUUGGUAAAGUUUUAUCCAACCAAACACCUGUCCCAGUCACUGAGGGAGCAAAUAAUUAAAUUUCUGCGCAUCGCUGUGGUUCUCCAAACAGGAGAAGAUCAACUUCAGACAUGUAAAGGAGAAGGGAUCGGGAGUGAGUUCUAUGAAAAAUUGGGUGAUGCAGCUGUAGCUGCACGCUGUUAUGUUAAAGCCUUGGAGUAUUAUGAGAAAAUGCUUGUACAUGCUGAAAAAGAAAACUCAGUGAAAGGCACUUCUGCAGCCUUGAUCUCCCUUGCAAUGACAUACAAAGAUUUGGGAAAAUAUGAGAAGGCUUUACCUUUUGCCAAAAGAGAGCUAGAGCUGUGCACGGACCCUUCUGAAGCUUGCAGAUCAGCUGUAUUUCUGGCCGAACUUUUACUGUUCACGGAAAAAACGAACACCGAGAUCUGUGAUUUGUAUGAGUGGGCAUUGACCAAGGCAGAAGCUAGUAACCAAGCUGCCCAAAAAAUCUUGGUUCUGAAUGAGUAUCUUCACUAUUUAAAGAAUCAGCAAUUUGGCGAUACGGAAGUUAUUCAGCAUAGACUGGAACAGCUGAUGGAAACCAAUCCUAACAUAGACUGUGAUGUGGAAAGCUCUGAAGAACCAGUUAUCGGAGCAGAUAUUGACCUGGACCAACUCUCUGAUGUGGAAACACAGAAUACGAAUAAUGACAGGAUUAAUAGAUCUCGGAGAACACGAAACCAAGGAGGAUUCACUAUGAAACGAAAUGAGAGGGGAGAAACGCCUCUUCAUGUGGCUUGCAUCAAUAAUAAAAUAGAAAUGGUGGAGAAAUUGCUGAAUACCGGUCAUCCAACAAAUGUUAGGGAUCACUUUGGUUGGACACCACUACAUGAGGCAGCUAAUCAUGGAUUUUUAGACAUAGCAAAUUUGCUGAUAAAAGCAGGAGCUGAUCUAGAUGAUCCCGGGCGUCCUAGCUGCGGUGGAAUUACUCCUUUACUGGAUGCAGCUUCGUGCGGACAUUUUUCCAUUAUAAAAUUGUUGAUGAAAAAAGGAGCAAAUAUCUAUGCUGUCAGCAAAGAUGGGGAAACGGUGUUAGAUUCUCUAGAAGCAUGGCAUAAACGAGCUGGGAGCCUAUCCGCGGAUGAUGAAACGGAGUAUGAGCAUAUUGUUCAUGAAUUAUCAACAAAAGGAGUCACCAGGAAGAGAAUAAAUUAUGAAACUACUAAGGACAACAUAAGGCGACAUAAGAGUCGUAAUAAUGUAAUUGAUGAAGAUGAAAAUGAAAAUGGAGAGAACGUCAUAGAUACACCGGAAAUAUCACCAGCUGAAGAUUAUAAAAGGACUAUUGAUGUACUGCGUAAUAGAGGAACUUUACCAGGAGAUGGUCUUAAUAAAUCGUCAGAUUCUGAAAAGGUGGUAGCACCACUUCUGGACUCUGAGCAGGUACUGCUGGAUGACUGGAUGGAGGAUGAUUUAUCUUCCUCGAACCUGAACUCGUCGGAUCACGUAUUCAACCCUUUUGCUGUUACCAAGAGGAAAUCUACAGAUUCAGCACCAAUUGCAGAAAGAGCCACCAAACGCCAAAGGCUACAAGUAGGUCAUGAAGACUCAACUUCGAACAUGUCUGAUAAUGAAAGCAGUGGUAGCACCAACAGUGAUAUAGUUAUGGUCAGCAAGGUGAAGCAUAAAUUUAAAAAAAAAAAACGACAGGUAUCUCUACAAUCUAGAGGAUUUUCAAGAACGAUGAUGUCCCGGACCCCCUCGCCGUUAUGUGUUAUCACACCAACUCUUGCUGUAGAAACUAUUCAGCCAAAAGAUAUUAGACUAGAAGUAUUAAUAGAGGAACAUCUGUAUGAAUUACAAAUUAGCGAAACAAAGGAUAACUUAACACAGGAAUGGAUAAUUAGAGAAAUACAAAAGAGAUUCGAAAUCGAUACAGGCUGUACGCCGCAUUUUGAUCUUGUGACACUGGAUGGCAAUAUCAUUACUUCUAAAGAUAUGCUAGAUGCUCUCCUCUCUAGCAAAGAUGUUGUCAGGUUAACCAGCAAACUGAAGAACAUUGAUGUACCUACUAUGUUUGAUCGAUAUAAGCAAAUCUGCAGUAUAUCUAAAUCUGAUAUAGAAGCGGAGACUGUUACGCAUCUUAAGUCGUGCGAAAAUUCUGCAACAUUUCAACUGGUGAACAGCAAGAUACCAUCUGAGAAAUUAAUUCCACUAUUGAAAACUCUACAAUACCAACAUCGCCUACAAGUGUUACAUUUAUCAGGAGCAGCUUUAAGAGAUAUCGGCGAUGCGCUAGGUCGUUGUUUAGCUCGACUGAGUUUUUUGCAGGAAUUGCACCUGGAAAAAUGUGAUAUAGACGUGAGCUGUUUUUCCAAAAUCGAAAAAUUACCUCCAGAACUACGGGAUUUGGAUAUAAGCUACAAUCCUCUCGGCAAGGAGGCAAUGACGCAAUUACACCAAUUACUUUCUCCGCUAAAAUACCUCCAGACAUUAAACCUGAGCACUUGUAGUCUAGAAACAUUCAUCCCUGACACAUGCAACGAAAAUCUGAUUAGCUUAAACGUGUCUUGGAAUUAUGUUAAUCGUGAAGCACUUUUGUCUUUGCUACAACCCCACAUGCACACAAUAGACCUAUCGGGUGCACAAUCAACUUGCGAAAUAGUGACAGUACUACUAGACCACCCAAAAUUUACUCUCAAUACUUUGGUAUCUCUUAAACUCUCCUGCUGUGAUUUAAGGGACAGAGAUUUAGAGCUAAUUUUCCAACAGACUUUGAACCUCAAUGAGUUGAUGGUGAACAAUAAUUCGAAACUAACAAAGUCAUCAGUUAUCCGAGCCCUGCAACACAAACCCACGUUAUCACUCAUAGAUAUCAGUGGAUGCUCAGAGGUGAAAGAACCCCCGGAUCCUGGGACUACCAUUUUCAACCCAGGCACAUGUAAACUGUUUGUUAGCAUGGCUCCAGAUGUUCAGACAUCAUGGCUUAAAUUGUGGUGUGAUCAGGCCGUGGUCAAAACCCUACCUCACCAUGUGGUUGUUUUUCAACAUCAUUAGUUGAAAGCUAGAUAUUUAUGGUACGUUGAUGCCUCUGUACAGCGAACAAAAUAAAUAAUAUUUAAUGAAAUGA